AUGGCAUUUUCUAUCUCUCAACUAUGCCCCUCAGGGGCACUUCUGCUGCUGGUGGUGUCCAGCCUUCUUUUAUGGGAGAAUGUGUCCUCUGAACUUUUGAGUUGCAAUGAAACUGAUGAUGAUCCAUUAUCUGUCAAGGGACUGUUUCAUAAUGCCACAAGACUGACUCAGAGUAUCAGGGACCUCAACAUGGAGUUGCGCAGGGCAUAUACAGUCAAUGAAGUCUCUGAAAAAUUAUACAAUAAAUAUAUGCUUGAGUUUAUUGAAGAUAUGGAGUUUCUUGUCAAAGCUCUCACCUGCUGCCACAAUUAUUCCAUCAAAACUCCAGAAAACCUGGAUGAAGCUCAACAGAUCCCUUUUAACGACUUUCCAAAACUGAUCCUCAGUAGAAUGUGGGCUUGGAAUGAAACUUCUAAAAAUGUACUGACCAUACUCAGAAGUAUUCCAGGAAUGCAUGAUGAUGUCAUCUCAUUAGCCAAAGGCAUUGAAACAAAACUUGCAGAGCUUUUUAAGUACAUCCAGAGUAUACUCAGCUCGAUUUAUGGAACAACAGAAAAUGUGGAUUACACUGUCUUUUCUGGUCUUGAAGACUUAAAAUCAUCUGAUGAAGAAUUUAGCUUUUUUGCUCUUUGUAAAUUUUCCUAUUGCUUACGUGUAGAUAUACAUAUGGUUGAACUUUAUCUCAAGCUGUUGGAGUGUGUGGUAAAUGUUAAUAGUGAUGUUUGCUUAUCCAUCAAUAUUAGAGAUGCUUCAUGA